CGUCACCUUGACGGACCAGUGGAAGCAGUGAGCCUCGUUCCCUGAGGCACAGGCAAAACUGAACUGAACCAGAAAGUGUACCUGGAUCAUGGAUCGUGUUAAAGGAUCUUUACCGCUGUUGCUAUGCAUAUUAAUCAGCCUGGAUGCCGGCCAUGGUCGAAUACAGCCUGCUGAGAGAGUGUUUCCGACCGAUAUUAACACAGCCACUAUACCAACGGUGCGUCAGACAUUGAAUGAUUGUCAUCUACGGUACCACAAGUACGGCGACUAUUACCUCGUGUAUCCCAUCUACGGUGUACCAGCACGGCAAGGUGAAUUUGCUCAUAUGGCGGCGCUCGGAUGGCGACAGGCUAACGGGGGAGUUCAAUUCGAUUGCGGUGGUUCCCUGAUAACUCCACGUCACGUGCUUACGGCUGCCCAUUGCGCCGUCAACGAUAAUGGUGAUCCCCCCGUUGUCGUACGACUGGGCGUGAUCAAUAUUACGGCCGGAAUGUAUGAUCCACAGAAUCGCUACUCACAGGAAUAUGCAAUCGAAAGCUUCAAGCGUCAUCCGGACCAUACCUUCCGGUCGGAAUACCACGAUCUAGCAAUCGUUACGCUCGAACGUUCGGUCAGCCUGUCCAGUGGUGUGCUACCCGCUUGUCUCUGGACAAGAACCACCGUUCCGUUCCGACGACUCGAAGCGACCGGUUUCGGACAGACGAGCUUUGGCGGGGAGCGUACACCGAUUCUGCUGAAAGUGCAAUUGUCACCGGUGGAGACGGCGGCUUGUCGUCAGUUCUACCCCAACACACGUGCCCGCCCUCAAGGUUUACUCGAUGGCCAGAUGUGCGCCUCCGAUACCAAAAUGGAUACGUGUAACGGUGAUUCGGGUGGACCGUUGCAGAUCAAGCUCAUGGCCAACAAUCGACUGAUUCCGUUUAUCGUCGGUCUUACCUCCUUGGGGCGGUUCUGUGGAACAUCAACGCCUAGCGUGUACACCCGGAUUGCUACGUAUCUAGACUGGAUACAGCGUGAAACGGCCGAAUCCUUUGAUGUUCGAGCAUGCUAUACGAGAUACUUGAACGAACGAGAAAUCGAGGAAGCGAUGGUGGCGAACCGAGUCGGCGAUAAGGUGUUUGUUGAGCCAGAAAAGAGCUACAUGGACUUGGAAACGGUGGCCAAGCAUCGCGUUUACCUUGGUUACAGCACCACCGGUGGUCGAGUGCAGUGGAACUGUGGCGGUGUUCUGAUCAACGAGAACUACGUUCUCACCGUUGCCCAUUGCGAUCGGUUCGUCUUCGACAAAACACCCGAAUUUGUGAAGGUAGGGGAUUUGGACAUUUUCACUGAUCACCCGCAGGCACAGAUAAUACGGAUCGAGCGAUUCAUCAAGCACCCGAACUAUCGGGAGGGAGGCUCGCUGGAAAACGACAUAGCUCUGGUCCAACUGCAAGCGAAUGUGAGAAUUCAACCAAAUGCAGUACCCGCCUGUAUCAUGAACUCGGAUCAGGUAUCAUUGCCUUUCUACGAGAUGGCUGGUUUAGGUCCGUUCAAUAUGAACAAUUUUAUCAUGGAUAGUGAGCAGCGAUCGAGCAAUAACACACUGGUUCUAACUCGGAUGCGUGCCGACAACGUCCCUUGCACCGGAAUGUCCAGCAACAAAUUAAUGUGCACAACGAACGCCCAACCCCUGGUACCGGGAACAUGCAGGAUCGAGCAUGGCGGACCGCUGGAACGAGAAACUUGGCAUUACGAUCGUUACUAUGCAUACGUGUUUGGAUUAACAGUAGCUGGGGAUAAUUGCGGGUUUGGUACCGAAGCAUAUCACGUGAAAAUUUCGUCCCACAUCCAGUGGAUCGAAUCGAUUGUGUUGGGCAAUCGCCGAGUAAAGCGAACCGCAUCAUCGCGCAUCCGCCGCCGACGGCAAUUGAUUUUCCCAUCUUCAGAAGAAUCCACGGUGGAAGACUCGGGACAAUCGUGUGUACUUCCGGACAUGCGAAGAGGUUCAUGCAGACCGUACAAUUCCUGUCCCAAGAGAAGCAUGUCCACGACCAUCAACAUUUGCAGUCAUGGUGUUCAGCCGAUCGUGUGUUGUGCCAAUGACAACUCCUGGACGCGCCCAACACGUCUGACCACAAUGGUAGCGAGCGAAACGUCCCGUGUACCGGCAACGGGAUCAAGUUAUCGACUCAACAGCUGUGUAUCGUUCUGGAAGCAAUAUCAACGGUCACCUACGGAGGAGUAUGAACAUAUACCUUCCGAGGGACGCCCGGUUGUCCCAGGUGAAUAUCCGCAUAUUGCUAGCAUCGGUAAUGGCCAGCAGAAUCAAUGGCACUGUAUCGGUGUGCUAGUAAGCGAUCUAUACGUGCUCUGCUCUGCCAGCUGUAGCACAUCUGCACGAUCAGUUCGGUUCGGUCCGCGGGCGCAACUAUCCGAAGUAGACGUUUUUACAGUAACUCAAACCAUCCUCCAUCCGAUGUGGGAUAGGAGGACGGAGCAACGCAACAACUUGGCACUGUUACGUCUCGAUCGACGCGUACAAUUUUCCUCCUAUAUUCUACCUGCCUGUGUAUGGCCUGCUAUAAACAAGAUUCCACUGAAGCUCUAUACUUUGGGCAACCUACGGGAUGGACAAGUGAAUGUGUAUCCCAGAAGUGGCAUGUACAAUGCAGAUUGUCGCAACGUUCCCGGAACGCGGUUUGAUAUUGUGGAUCGGGAAAAUGCUUGCGUCGAGAACUACUACGCUAGCGAUACUGUAUGCACGGAUUCGGCUGGUAAUUCCGUCGAAGGAAUUAUCGUAUCAAAUGGAACGCGCAUUCCGCUGGUCGUAGGUAUAACGAGCUAUACCGUGGGCUGUUCAUCGUCGGCGAACCAGUAUCAGACGGUCAGCAUAUUGUCACGUUUAGCUACUAAUUUGGAGUGGAUAAAACAAAUCAUUGAACGCUAGUGGGCUAGAGAUCCUUCCCAUAGAUAGAUGAUGCAUAGAUGUUUUGAUGAUUUAUCGGAAUAAAUAUACAACCGUACUUAACCAAUUAAGCGUAUGAACAAUACUAUGCACAUCUUACGU